UCUGUCUGUCUCUCUCUUUCUACCUUUGCUUUCUCAGUUUUCUCUCUUCUUUUCUUUCUUCUUCUUCGCUGCUUUAUUAAGCGAAGCGAAAGGGGAGAAAAAGGAAGAAGAGAAAACAACCCUUCAAUUUCUCACAAUUAAAUCAAACACCCCCCAAAAAAAUUAUAAUCCCUUUUUUUCAUUUUAAAAGAUAUAUAUAAGAAAGAAAUAUGUUGGUAGCAAAUACUUUUGAUCUAUGGCAAAAAGAUAUAUUUUUUUCAGCUGCAGAAGAGGUUCAAGCAUCUACAGAUAUUAUGGAGUCAGCUUACAGGACAUGGGUUAGACAAAAGAGGGAAGGGCUUAAAUCCAGUGAUUUAGAUGAGCUUUGUAGAGAGCUGCAAACUGCUUUAGGCACUGCAAAAUGGCAGUUGGAUGAGUUUCAAAAAGCUGUUAGAAUGAGCAACAAAUAUACUGUCAAUGAUGUUAGGACUACGAGGCAUGAACAAUUUGUAUCUGUGAUUGCGUCACAAAUUUCUGGGGUUGAAUUAGCGUUGAAAGAAUAUUACAGUGAUGAAGGCAGGAAACCGCUUCGAUGGGUAAAUUUGGAUGAAGAAGAACGUGACGAUUUAGCUAUGUUUCUCUCGGGGAGUUCAGUAAGCUCAAAGAGCACAAAAGAUUCCGAUUCUGAUAUUACAGAUUCUUCAAAAUCGAGUAGCUCAAAACCUUAUGAUAUGAGAAAUGGUAAAGAGGGUAACUACGAUGACUAUCUGGAUCAUAGUUAUAUAAUAGAGAUGGAGCCAAUUGAAAUAUUGGGAACUAGUGAUGGUUCUUCGUGUCAGGCUGAUAGGAAGGCUGGUCCACGAAGAACACGGGGUUCUCCUGAUGUUGGCAUUUCAAUUGAUUUUGAUGAUGACCAUAAGAAACCAAUGAUGUUGGAUAAUGAGUCAAUACCGAAAGAUAAAGGUCAUGUUUGCAGACCACAAUUCGGGAAUUAUUGGAUUAAUCAGAUGUUUAAAAGGGCUGCUGGAAGUCAAAGGCAGUUACAGACCUCGAUACACCCGCAAAGAAGAAGCUCAUUUCUGUUCAUGCUUGUUUUGAUGCUGACUAUCUUUUUGCUUGUGCCAUUCGUCAUGUAUUCCAAUUGAGUACGAUAUACGCUGCUCUUGUCAUCAAGAUGCAAGGUGAUACUAGAGGUUCAAAUGAACAAGGCUGUUAAGGAGUUUUGAGUAACUUGCCUGCAAGAUCUCAUUACUUCUUCAUCUAUUGUUCAAAUGUUACUAUGAAAAAUUAAAUUCAAGUUUUCAAGAUUAUAUGAUAGCUUCUAGGCCAUGUAACAGCUGACAAUGUAAUGUGUGAAAUCAUAAAUGCAGUUUGUCAAACAAUAUUCUCAGAAUGGCAAUUAUACUCAGAUCUGUACAAUAUA